UGGAGCUGGCGUGGCCUGGGCAGCCUGGCUGGAUCUGGGGACUGACCCAAGGCCCUGUGCUCAAACCCAGCGAGCCAAAGGCACCAGGAGGGCUCCAUCCCUGUCCCCCUUCAGCCCCUGCCUGGAUCUGGGGCAGAGACCCCCCCCCCAACCCGGCAGGGACAGGCCCCCCCUGGGGCUUGCCUGUGACCAGGCAUCAUCUGCUGCUGCUGUGCUUCUUGCAGCCAGCCCCUGCUGGGGCAGCUGAGGUGCUGGUGGCAUUGCUGGGGCAGACAGGAGCUGGAGCUGAUCUUAGAUCCCUUGAGGUUCUUCUGCCACUGCAGCCCUCAGCUCUCCUCAGCCCCUCACUGACUUCUCUCUUCGUUGUUGGACCCUGCCACUGACCCCUCCUCAGCAGCUACUGAAGGGUUCUGAGACCCAGCACUGAACUGGAGAGGGAAAUAUCUUCUCUGUUGGCAUCAUCACCCCGAAGAGGAGCCCAAAGCUGCCAAGCAGGGACUGGGGAGCUGAUGCCCUGCACCUCUGAGCCUCCCUCCUCAGGAGGGGUCACCACCGGGGAGCUGCCCUCGUGUCUGGAGCCACAGCACAGGAGCCCUGCAGCUUUGUCCCAGCUGCUGCCCUGCAGGAUGAGGGCAGGAGACUCAACCUGCUGAAAAAGCCUCUGCAAGUCCUAGAGCUGCUCCAGAAGCCAGGCCCAGCCCUGCAGGGUCCCUGCUGAGGGUUCUCUGGACUCUCACCCAACCUGCUCAAGCUGAGAACAGUUCCUGCUCCUCCUCUUGGUUUUCCAGGCAGCAGCAGCAGCAGCAGCCCUGAGCCUUGCAGGGUCCUGAGGCUGGGCUGGGAAUCCCUGUGGAUUUUACAGCCCCCCAGACCCAGCCUGUCCCAGGGCCCAGGACCCCCCAGCUUCUGUGUGCUUCCUGGGCAGCAGAGCUCCCUCCCAGCCCAGGACUGGAGAUGCUGGGGGUGGGCUUGAGGGCACCAAUCCCGGGUGGGUCACUGCUGGUUUGUGGUGCUUGGUCUGUGGUGUGGGUUGGACUCCAAGCUCCUGUGAGCCACAGGGAAAGUUCCUGAGUGAACAGAGAGCAAAAUGUGACCCAGGCUGAGGGGAGCUGGCCCAGGCUGUGCUGGGACCUCCUGGCUUGCCACCAGCUGGCAGGGGUGUGGAGGGGAGCAGCUGUGCCCUGCAGGGCUUCAAAAGGGUGCAGCUGCUCGGUGCAGGGUCUGAAGGGUGCAGCUUUGGGUCCUUGGCUAUGAAGCAGGAGGCACAGGAAGGUGGAGAUAAGGAGGGACCAAUGUCCCAGGCCUCUCUCUGGGGCAGAGCAGGGCUGGGGCAGAGGUGGUGCCACAUUGAGGUGCUGGCAGUGCCCGGGCAGUGUGUGGGUGGACAAUGCUCUGGCUUGGGCUUGGUCAGGCUUCAGUGCCCGGGGCUGGGGGAGGGCACGGUUGAUGCUGAUGGCUUCUUGUGCUGGCCCCGGGGCUGUGUGUCCUGUGGGCAGGGCAGAGUGUGAUGGUUUGGUGCGCUGGAGGUUGAUGGCCUGAAGAGAGAGGUGUUGGGAGGCUGUGAUUGAACAAAGGGAUUGGGAGGAGGGAGCAAAAGGAGGCUCAGUCCUGCUCCCCCCGCCCCGGGCCUGGGGUGGGGGAUUCCAUGCAGGGGAUGGGAGCAGUGCUCGGCUUGCUGGCAGCUUUGUGGGGAAGGGCAACUUCCUCCCUGCCUGCAAGGACCUCGCUGGUGUGGAGAGGCGGCAGAGGCUGGAGGAGCCCUGCGGGAGGGGCGCAGCUGCCCCCUGGCCACGCAGCCUCAAGGGGUUAACAGGUCCCGGGGAGCCUGGAGGGGCCGUUCACACCUUCUGCCCAAUCCCGGGAAUCCCUCGGUGCUAAUGGAGCGCUAACUCGAUCAAAGGCUCCAAUCAGGCCACCAACACCCCCCUGGCCCCGGGUCCCCCAGCCCAGGCUGCUCUUUGUCUGCAGCAGGAGAGAGGCAAUGUGGCUGCUGCCCAGCUUCAGAGCUGCCCUCGCCUGGGUUCUGCUCAGCCUGGUCCUGGCCACGGAGCUGAGCCUGCAGGAAAGUUUGCUCCUGAAAUCCUUGGGUUUGAGCGCCAAGCCCAGCCCCAAAGCCCCCAUCCCUGUGCCCUCUGUGCUCUGGAGGAUCUUCCAGAAGAGGAGGACGCAGCCUGCAGCAAACCAAGCCCCGGGGGACGGCUGCAGGGUGGAGGAGUUCAAUGUCCCAGGGAACAUCAUCCGAGUCUUCGGCGACAGAGGCCACUUCCUUCACGAGGAGCAGCCCCAGGGCUUGCUGUGCCUGCAGAAGCUUCUCUACUUCAACCUGUCGGUGCUGGAGCAGGACGAGCGCCUGACCAUGGCUCAGCUGGAGGUCAGGUUCAGCCGCAGCUCCUACCAGCCCUCCAGCCAGGGGCAGCCCUUCGAGCUGAGGCUCUACCAGAGCUCGCAGCUGGCCCUGCAGGGGAUGCCCUCCCCCGGGCACCGCCGGAAGCUGCUGCUGGAGCAAUCCUUCGCCCAGCUGCACAAAUCUCUGCUCUUCAACCUCAGCGCCGUGGUGAAGGACUGGAGAACCUUGGGCAGGAACCUGGGCUUGGUCCUGGAGAUCUCUGCGAGCGGCAGCGAGGAGCCAGCAGCGCCGGCGAGCAGGGGGCUGCAGAGCCCUUGCGGCAGCAUCACCUCCUUCCUGGACGCCUCCCUGCUGGUGGUGACCCUCAGCCCGCAGCACUGCAAAGCUUCCAGGAGCAAGAGAAGCGCUCAGCGCCCCCCAGUCGCCCCCAGCGCCCUCUGCAAGCCUCGGCGCCUCUACAUCAGCUUCAGCGACGUGGGCUGGGAGAACUGGAUCAUCGCCCCCCAGGGCUACCUGGCCAACUACUGCCUGGGCCAGUGCCCCUUCCCCCUGACAGCAGAGCUCAACAGCACCAACCAUGCCAUCCUGCAGACCAUGGUGCACUCGCUGGACCCCGAGGGCACCCCGCAGCCCUGCUGCGUCCCGGUCAGGCUCUCGCCCAUCUCCAUCCUCUACUACGACAACAGCGACAAUGUGGUGCUGCGGCACUACGAGGACAUGGUGGUGGAUGAGUGCGGCUGCAGGUAGCAGCGGCUGGGGCGUGGGGAGAGGGCUGGGAGGAGCCCAGGUGUGCUCAGCUCCCUCCGUGCUGCUCUUCAGAGGGGCUCCUGCUGCUGGCCGGACCGGUGGAGCUCUGCCCUGGGCUGCUCUUCUCCACACGCAGCUCCCUGGGGUGGGGGCAGGUCAGGCAUGAAGGGAUCGUUCCUGGAGCUGUGGGUUGGUGCUCAGCUCUCCAAGCAGCCCUGGGGUUAUGACCAUGCCUGGUGCUGGGGAUCCAUUCCCUUCUCCACUGGCAUCAGGCUGUGAACUCCAGACCCUUCUUGUGCUUGGCUGAGCUGCUGCUGCUGCUGCUUCUUGGCUCCUUUAGCUCUUAACUGCAAAAAGAACUGAUUUGAGUUUUGUUCUGUUUGGUGAUGUGGUGCUGAGGGCUGCAGGGUUGGCAGUGCCAGGAGGAGGUGAGGUGCAGGGUUGGCAGUGCCAAGAGGAGGCGAGGUGCAGGGUUGGCAGUGCCAGGAGGAGGUGAGGUGCAGGGUUGGCAGUGCCAGGAGGAGGUGAGGUGCAGGGUUUGGCAGUGCCAGGAGGAGGUGAGGUGCUGCCUUUAGUCCUGCUGCAGGAAGAGGUGGCAUGGUAGGAGCUGCAGCUCCCUGUGCCCAGGAGCAGCUCAGGGGUCCCUCCUGCUGCAGGAGCAGGGGACUGAGCUGUGGUUGGCACUGGGGUGGUUUGAGGGUGGGGGUGGCUGUGGCCCAGAGGUGCUGGGUGGCCGCGGGAGCAGAGCAAGGGGAGCCUCGCUGGUCACAGCUGGCUUUUGUCUGAGCAAGGAGAGGGUAAAGCAGGAGGCUGUGGUGUCC